UUCAAAGUAAACGAGGAGUAUGUUUUUUAAUAAAGCAGCCACAGGGUUGUCAGCCGAGCUGAGGGACUAUAAAAGGACAUUUAGCGGCAGUUGUGGAACUAUUCGUUCCAACAGAGAGUCCAUCAUGAGGUGUCUUGUGUUUCUGCUCUUUGUGGCUUUGGCCGACGCCAAGGUCUACCAGCGCUGUGAAUGGGCCCGAGUGCUGAAGGCUAAUGGGAUGGACGGCUACUACGGCGUAAGCCUGGCUGACUGGGUUUGUCUGAGCAGGUGGGAGUCGAGUUACAGCACCGCAGCCAAGAACCCUAACACAGACGGAUCCACUGACUACGGCAUCUUCCAGAUCAACAGCCGCUGGUGGUGUAACGACGGCCGCACGCCCUCGCCCACAAAGAACGCAUGCAACAUUAAUUGCAGUGAGCUUCUGACCAACAGUGUCGGAGUGGCGAUCAAUUGUGCCAAGCGUGUCGUUAGGGAUCCCAACGGCAUCAGAGCCUGGGUGGGCUGGCGCGUUCACUGCCAGAACCGCGACCUGAGCUCCUAUUUGGCAGGAUGUGGUUUGUAAAGAACAGGUGGAACCAGGACACUAUCAUCGGCAUAACACAAUUCUACAAUCUUUGUCUGCAGUGGGUUGAAUCGUUUCGGUUGGUAGCUUGGAAUGUUUGAUCUGCCAGGAGUAAAACACAGCUAGUGAAGCUACAGACAAUUCUUAUUGAACCAGGAAAAUAAAUUUUCCUGAUGUAACAGGUCAAAUCAGUGAAGAGAAAUGUGGCGAUUCAGCCUGUAUCUGUUGUUGUCUGUUGCUCAUUUUAAAACCAAAUUAAAAUCUUGAUGACAGUUGUUAAAUUAAAAGUAAUGUUAAAACAAU